AUGAAGAAGAAGCGCAUUCUCUUCAUCACCAAUGCUGAGCUUGGACAGGCCAAUGUCCAUCUCGCAGUCAUCCAAUGGCUUCAGUCCAACGCCUCCGACAUUGAUCUGCACCUGUGCUCGUUCCCUUCUCUGCAGCCACUUAUAGACGCACUCAACGAAACUGCCCUCUCCCCGGACGCGCGAGUCACUUUUCACGAAUUGUCAGGCCCUACAUGGAAAGAAUGCCUCUUCUAUCGCCCCGAGCACCAAUGGCAGGAAAUAUGCAGCCUGCCUCCAACGAUCCGGACCGUCUCUCGCGCUGCGCCGCUGAUGCCCCGUGUUGCAUGCCCUUGGAGCGCUGAAGAGUUGCUUGAUCUCAUUCUGCAAGUAAAGAACAUUAUUCAGACUGUUGAUGCAAACCUCGUCAUGGUUGAUAAUCUGUGUACCCCAGCCGUCACCGCGUGCUACGACCUCAAGCCAAGGUGGUCCAUUCUGUCACCAAAUACCUACCGCGAAUUUAUCCUUGGCAGUCAGCCUCGUUACGAGUCUUUCUGGAAGCAUCCCCCUAUGGAGGAAAGAACAGCUUCAUUUAUGCCCUAUCCUUUGCCGCUCUACUUGAUCCCAGCGGCUCUGUACCAUCAGAGACAAUGGAGAAAGAACCCCCAUAGCGAUUGGAUACAUAGUGUUGCCAUGAGCAUUUGGGAGAAGACGGAGAUUUACUAUUCCGACUGGGGCAGGGUGUCCUUUGAACCGCCCGAGGGUUUGAAAGUUUUUCUCCCAAGCAACUGGACGGUUGACUUUCCCUUUUCCGUUGUUCCAGACCACAUUAUUUCUUGCGGGCCUAUUGUUCGGUCAGCAGCACCAUUAAAGGAGUCUGACCCGGCAUUGGAUGCAUGGCUACGGCGCCGGUCAACCGUAUACAUCAACUUGGGAACACAUUUCCUCUAUGAUGAUAAAGGAACCAUGAGCUUGGCAGUUGCCAUUAAGUCGCUUUUAGAUGCAGCAACAGAACAAGAAGAAGACAUUCAGGUGUUAUGGAAGCUCAAUAAGGGCGACAAGAAAUCCGACUGCGACUACUCUCCCUUGCAUCGGAAGAUCAACUACGGUUACGAUGAUCGAGUUCGUAUCGUCGACUGGCUUGUAGCCGAACCUAUUUCUAUCCUCACGUCAGGUUCCGUAGUCUGUUUUGUCAAUCAUGGCGGCGCAAAUAGCUAUUUUGAAGCAGUAAGUGCCGGAGUGCCUCAGGUAGUCCUCCCCGUGUGGUUUGAUACUUACGAUUUCGCACGUCGCGUCGAGUACUUUGGGAUUGGCAGGAUAGGAAAUCGCCAGACCGCGCCGAAAUGUUCAGGGAAAAGAGCUUUCACCAAUUCUCAAGCAAGUCAUCCUGGGAAAGCAGGCUACAAUUAUGCGAAGCAAGGCCGCUGCAAUAGCGGAAACUUGCAAGUCUAA